AUGAAGGUCUACCAGCUGAUCUUGGCUCCAGCGUUUCUCCUCCUGUGCUGGAAGCAGCCGGCGGUUCACUCACAGGACCCCCGACCCCUGGACAUGGUUCCUGAAGCCAUCGAUGACGACUACGGCGGCUGCAAAGACAAAAUGGAGGCGAAGAUCACGAGUACAUAUUUAGCUAAAGAGUUAAAGGGACUGUUUAAUGUCGCCUGGAAACAAGUCAAUGAAUGUGCAAAGAAAGAACCAGAACCAGAGGACAAGGCUCUCACUGAGACACACAUGCGGGCGAUUUGUACUUAUACUAAUAUCAUUUAUUCAGAAUUCAAUAAAGAAGUCCGGACCGGUAAGAACAUCUACACCACCACCUUCAGAUUCCACACUUUACAUUACUGGCUGACGACCGCCAUCCAGAUCCUGAGCAGCACCCAAGGCUGUCAGACGUCUUACAGAAGAACCAAGUCUAAGUACGGCGCCGAGGCCGGUGACGUCAUCCGGUUUGGGAUGUUCGCCUCCAGCUCUAAAGAUAAAGACCUCACAUCCUUUGGGAGCGAGACCUGCUUCGAGAUAGAGACGUGUUCAGGAGCCGACCUGAAGCAUUACCCGUACCGUGGGACCGACGAGGGCGAGGUGCUCAUCCCCCCCUACGAGACGUUCAAGAUAACCCGAGUCAUCGAAAAGAAAGGUGAAUAUGAACCUCUGCCUGACUGUGAGAAGGUCUUUAUUCUGAAGAGUGAAAGAAACUAUGUGAGUAACUUAAGAUGCCAAGCUGCAAACUAA